ACUUUCGUGUUCUACUCGUGAGUCCACUUCACACCUGCAAACGUUGGUGGUAUGCUGCCAAAUGCAGUGGGCAACAAUGUAUGGAACGGCCGCGAUGAUGUCUCAUUUGAGGAUUCUGAGAGAUUUGAGGAGGACUCACAAGUUUCACUAGACGAAUCACUUGAUGGAAAUAGUCAGAAUUGGAGAGGAUGGACAGAUUGUCAAUCAAAUUGUGAAGCAAUCCAACCUGGACUUUCUUGUGUUGUUUACCAGCAUUACAGUGCAUCAGGACGGUUUUCCUCAGCAUCAACAAGAACAGUGGUACCCGGGGAUCCAAACAAUCCAUUGAGUCAACAUCCAAUGAUGUCAAGAGGAGAUGAUUCAAUUGGAACUCUGCUCACAUUAUCGGAAAUUUCUGCAAGAGUUUGUGCGGAAAAAUGGUCGUUUCAGCAACUUGAAGAAAUGUACUCUCAUAUAUGUACUUCGAGAGCAGAGAAACUUGCAAUGCCUCCACCAAUCUCCACUAUUCCUGAGAAGAUUUUUCUUUCAUUUAUAGUUCAUUGUUUCCCACAAUCUACUGAUGAAAUUCGAAUGUAUAGUACUCUUGCCAACGGGUCAUCUGAGCAAUAUGAACUUGGAAAAACCAUAUAUGAAUGGGGAAAUGUUCGAGAUGUCUCACAAACUGGUUUUCUACUCAGUGGUAACAUCAGUAACUCAACGCAUCCAGAUACCCGUCCAAUUCAAUAUGAUGAUAAUUCAUCUUUCCAUGUAACAGUGAAAGUAGACAGAUGUCGGAUUGUCGAAUGCACCUGUGAAUGCUCGAAUCGUUCUAGUUGGUGCAAACAUGUGGUGGCAUUGUCCAUCUAUCGAAUUUACGAAAGGAGCAAUAUAAAAUUCAAGGAAACCAUAGCCGACGCAAUCAAUUCAAUGAGUGAUUUUGAUCUUCGACGACUUGUUCAAUGGCAUAUCAAUGAGAUUCCACGCAAAUGUAUUCCCGGGUUCCAAAAAUUAAUUGAUCAAAUCAAGGAUCCACAUUCAAAUAUAAACAAUCUCCAUGGAGCUCCCGACCCAACGGAUGGUGGACAUGAUCCAGUCUCUCGUUACGAUUUCCCAGAAAUCGAAAGCAAAAUUCGGAGACUUCUGAUCAAAUAUUGUGUGCCAGCUCCCUCUGUUCAUUGUGAUAUACAGUAUCUCACCGCAACUCAUCAUCCUACUCAUAUUGAGUGGACAACCAUGAUUAAACCUCUUCGAUGUCGUGAUCCAGAAGGAAUGUGGAAUUUAUUACAAAUGAUUCGAGAAAUGUUUGCAAGAAACGAUGAAAACGCUGUGGCACUGUUGAGAACUGUGACUGAUGAGUGUCUAUCAAACCAUCAAGUUCUUUUAUGGUGGUACAUUACUAAAUUGGUUCAGUCAGGGCAUUGGGCUCAGACUUCUUGCUUCAAAGUUCCAAAUUCCCAAAUGCUCGCCCAACUGAAUUGUUCUCAGCUUUGCGAUGAAAUUGUCAUACUCUGGAAGUUGGUGGCACUCAAUCCAAGAGCUGGAAAAUUAUACCGAUCACAGCUAGUACCUUACCUUCAAGACUACCAUCGAACUGCAGUUAAUCGUUUGAAAAAUAUGAUCACUUUGGCUCCACCGAUUCCUGCGGAAGUCACUCAAACAACUGAUGCUACAGUUCUAAGCAAUCACCAAACAGCUGCAAUACUCCAGACAAUCACAAACAUGGAUAUUAGAUACCCUCUGUCAUCUCAGAAUAUGAAGUUCACUCUGAAUUGCUUCCCUGGGUUCUAUCCAGCAAUUCAAAUGUGUAACUAUCUAAAUGAAAAAGAUAUUCGAUUUGGUGUUCCCACUGAUGCGAUAUUCUAUGUUGAUGCGCCAAAUCUAUCGAACAGUUACAAGAUGGUUCCACCUCACAGAGAAAAAGUGUUGAAAAAAAAGAAAAAGAAGAAGAAGCUUCUCAAAAGGAAGGUUGAAGAAGACGGACCAUCGUGGCGCCGUAAUGAGUAUCAGGGUGUUGAUGGAAUUUGGAGAGUUCUCAAUGAAGCAGAUGCUGGAAAUAAUGAUAGUACAGAGAGUGGACAAGAAAGUGAUGUACAGAAGACACCUCAAAGAGUUGAAAUACCACGAAAAAAGAAGGUGGAUUCAGUUGAAAUGGAUGUAAAUGAAGUGUUGGCUGCUGCGUUCACACCGCUUGAUGCUUUGGAUGCGAGAUUUUUGCGAGUUGAAGCCUAUGGAACUCAUGGUUAUCGAGCCGAUGCUAUACAGCAUGCCCUCCAAGUUAUUGAAUACCUUAUUGACAGUUUGACUGAACAAAGCAACGAUUUUCGUAAUGUGCACGGUGUUGAAAAUGAGCCAAGUACUUCAAAGCAGUCUUCAUCUUCAUCAUCAUCUACCGUAUCUGAUGACGUUACUGUAGCCGAUAGAGACGAAGAAAUCGCGAGAGGGUGCAAGUUUUUAGCAACAAUGGAAAAGAUAUUAUACAUUACAAAAGUUUUGAAGGACAAUCAGAAUCUGCAGCAAAUCGUAUUUGAUAUUUCAAUGAGAUGCUUGACGAUUACCAAAUAUCCAUUUUUCACAAAAAAUCAUCAAAUUAUGUUUACAUAUUUGGAGACGGAAUUUGUUGGCAUUUUGGAUCAAAUCUGGCAAACUGUCCCGAUGAGUGAUACCCAGAUACGAAAAAUUCGAGAACGUGCGUCGGAAAUUAUCGAAUCAGAUUCUGGAAAUAAUGGAGAACUUCCUCCAAUUGCAAUGACUAAAUUUUUAUUCCUCGCACUAUACUGGACCGAACCACCGAGCACAUCUAUCCGACCUGUCCCUGCUCAAAGUGUUCCUCCAACUGCUUCACCUGCUCUUCAACACAAUCGAAGACUUCUCAAUUCUACAGAUUCAGACUUGGCUCUACAUGUUUCUCUCCAUAUAAUCGGAUGUCGACCGUACAUUUCUGAUAGAUAUAUUCUACAUUGGGAGACUAUUCGCCGAGAAAAAAGUGAAUUGACAUCAAUGCUCCUUGUUCGCUACAAAGAUUCGCAGGAAAAAUGUGCUCUCGUUAUCGACCGGAUUUUAGAUCCUAAGCUUCAUCGGAUGUACCAAAAUCAUCUAUCCAAUGCAGCAUAUUUUCUUGAAAGAUGCCCCACUUAUCAAAGACGAUUCCAACCAGGACAGAGACCGGUGUUUCCGUACAGAGAUGAUCAAGCACAGGAGCCUGUUCCCGAAUCUGCUCCAAAUAGAUGCUUGAUUGCAGACUAUGAAGCUCAAAUUGAAGCUGAGCUUCAAAGAAUGAUUGAUUCAGAAAUGAUACCUAGACCUCCUGCGUUAAUAACCAGAUCAAGACCAUCAAACGAAGAUGCCCGAAGUUCUUCUUCGAGUGACAAUUCUGGCUACACAAACAGAAAUUCGGGAUCUACGCACAGCCAUUCGACAGAAUCAAUUGAUGAUAGUCAACCCGGUCCAAGCAUGUCUACCACCGACUCAAGUGCAACAAAAAAAUCAAAUUCAAUUGUUAGAAAGCCAAGACGGCGAACAAAUCGUUCACUUUCUUUCGAUACAGGAAACACGGUUUCGGAUGCUCACGUUUAUCACAUGAAUGAACUUUCAAAGAAGAUUCUUUUCGAAGCGGGAGGUUCUCUUAAUAAUGUUAUUUGGGGUAAUCCUGUCACUGGAGGCACGAAUAGGCGGCUUCAUCUCUGUGCCAUUGCAAUCGCCUGCUAUGCUCUUGGAAUGAGCAACAGAAUCUCACCUAAUUGGAAUACUCGAACCUACAAUAAUAUAUCAAGUUGGGUGACAUCACAAGUUCAAGAGAUCGGUCCAAAUGCUAUCGAACUGAUUAGAGAAAUCUGGAUGGCUCAUUUCACGCCAAAUGAAAUUGCACAAAUAUCAGAGAGAUCGGCUCCAGCAUCUGAUGCAUCGAUGAAAAGAGAAGCGGCUAAGUUAGCAUUGUCUGUGCUCCCCUUUGCACAUGCACUUACCGAUGAAGAAGUCAUAAAUGCGUUGACAAAAUGCCGAAGUGAUAGUCGUGACAUGAUGAUUGCUGGUUUACUGGCAAUGGAUACUCCCCAAUUUCGAGAAAUUGGACGAUCGAGACCUUUAUUUUCCGCAAUGUUUUAUUGGAAUGAGUUGAAUGCGGAAGAAGAGUCAAGACAACAGCAACAACAUCAAUAUCAACAGCAACCACCUCCUCAAGCUCGAUUAGUACCAAAUCCUUAUCAAAUUAUGACGAAUAAUCGGAACAUCCAAAAGCAACAACAAAAUCAGCAGCAGCACCAACUCCAAAGACCCAAUAAUGCACCUCAGCCACAGCGACUGCAAGUACCUGCUCUGCCUCCAGCCGCCUACCAUCUUUACCCUCAAGCGUACGAGAUUGUUGAGCCAAUCGCAAAUUUACCUCCAGGCUACAGAAAUGAUAUUUCCCGACUUCAUCAAAGUCAUUCAGCACCUCAACUUGGAGGUAAUCCAGCAGAAACGAACCAGGAAGAGCACAUCCCUGUUGUCGUUCCAACUGCAAAUCAUCAGUAUAUGCCCCCAGCUCAACUUGGAAAUGCUCUUCUGAAUGCUUAUUACUAUGGAAUGCGAGCAAUGGAUUGUAUGGCAACGUCGCCAGGCGAAGAAAGACAAAUGUAUCUCAAAUUUGGACCUAAUGCUCCAUACUCGGAUGAGUUGAAAGUUUUAAAUUUCAUCGCACAUAAACUUGGUGGUCCUUAUCUUCACAGCUUCUAUUCAAAUGCGUCACGAUCAGUUCUUUCGCCCUAUAUUCUUCAUCAGUUUGCGACAGAUAGUGCUAGAUAUUUCCCUCAUAGGAUGUUUAAUCAAAACCUCCCGGGAGGAAAUGUACCGUAUCCACUCUUUCCACCAAACAUGGUCGCUGUUCCAUCACCAAUGCCCUCAAAUAUUCGGUAUCCGAAUAUCAGAUUCUCGACACCUGGACAGAUUACAACUCUAUUCAUAGCGAAUGGGUUCCAGCCGAUUACUGGUGAACUCUAUGAAAGAUGUUGUGAGCAGUACUUACAGGCAAUCGUGAACAAGAUGAAUAGUCCACGUGUCACUUCUGAUGUUGAGUAUAUCAAUCAAUUGCUGGAAUUCAUUCAACGCGCCCACGAGGCCUUCAAAUGGUUCCCAAAUGGUGGAUCACAGUUGUUUGAUUCAUUUGUUCGAGCAUUCAAACGCCAAAAAUCGUUCAAGAAAGAUUUUGCAAAUGAUAUAAAUAAUUUCCUUGGGCAACUCAGCCCAUUAUAGUCACUCUCUUACUCAACCCUUGUUUGUGAAUGUUCCAAAAUGCAAACAUAAUCAUAUUCUAGAUAGUCGUGUUUUAAUUUUUAUACAUCCUCAUUUCUUCUCAAUUUAGUGUAAUAUGGCUGGUUCCAUUUCACACUUCCCAAUUGUACAUUAGACAUUUUUUUGAGAUUUAAACAACUAUUUUUCCAUUCAACAUUUAUCUAAUUUUUGAAACUCAUCACGGAUAUUGCUGAAAGCAGCGAGAAAGGGUAGCAAACUUUUAUUUUUGUACUUUUCUGUCGAGGUCUAUUUUUACAAUUUCACAAUGCUAUUCUCAAUAAACUAUUCUGUUAU